GCUCCCACUGCCUCUCCUUCCUCGCAGAAGAACAUCGCUUCUCUAGGCCUUCGGCAAACUUGAACCAUGAAAUCUCUCAUAGCUCUGGUCCUUCUGGGCCAGAUCCUAGCAUCCAAAGCAACCUCCGAGCCUUUCCCUCCACUCAUCGCCAGCCAGCCUGACUGUGAUGACCCUGAGUCCGAAGCUGCAGCCAACUUUGCAAUGAAUCACAUCAACUCCCACACUCUUCAUGGAUAUAAGCAUGUCCUUAACAGAAUCGAUAAAGUCACGGUUAUGGACAGGCGGCCAACGGGAAAAAUGGUCUUCAUGGAGUUGGACACAUUGGAAACCAAUUGCCAUGUGAUGAGUCCAACGCCUGCUGAAAAUUGUACAGUAAGAGCAAAAACAGAACAUGCUGUGGAAGGAGACUGCGAUGUCAAAAUGCUCCUGCUUGAGGGACAGUAUAAGGUGCUCUCCACCAAAUGUCACUCAUCUCCAGACUCAAGAGAAGAUCUUCAAAGGCUUUGCCCUGACUGUGCACCUUUGCAGCCUCUGAAUGAACCUGAGGUGGUGAAUGCCGUUACCACUGCGCUCGCUGAGUUCAAUGCUCACAAUGAGACAGACCAUCACUAUGACCUCCUUGAGAUUACAAGAGGAAGACACUCUCACAUGCCUCGUGCUACCUUCGUGGAGUUUGCCAUUGCUGCCACCAACUGCACAGAAAAAGAAGCAAAUGAGCACAAAGAUUGCCAUGUAAUGACAGGAGAACACGCACAUUUUGGGUUCUGCAAAGCCACCGUUUUCAAAAAGCCUUCUGGUGAUGGUCCAACGAUUCUCAUGGUUUUCCCUGACAAUGUAGUGGCUUGUGAAAUCUUUGACAAACAGGUUGGACAUUCCCAUACUCACCUGACUCAGCAUCAUUUGGGGAAGAAGAUCCCUUCCCCUGGAGUCGGCCACACUGUCCUGGACCUCAUCCAUUCCCACAACAACACACUUGCAUCGCAUGAGUCCCACUCUGCUGAAGUGGUCCAAGCAAGUCCAGUGGUCCAAGCAAGUCCGGUGGUCAAAAGAGCUGCAGCUGAUGUACCACAGAUCCAGCCAAUACCACAUCUCCAACAGUGUCCAGGAAAAUACCGACACUUUGCAAUAUAAACACAGAAUUUGCUGAGGUAUAUAGAAUCAACGGGAAUGUCUCAUUAAUAAACCCAUCUUUGAUGUCCCCCUAAACCUGAACUCAAAGAAGACUUUCUCCUGAUAAGUCACAGCAAUAAUUGGCAAACAUUUACUCCCUCUUCUUAGCAGAGCUAUAUGGGUGAUGUCUCCAAACUGUUGCUUCUCACAGAUUAGUAUCUUCUACCCUUUCUAUCAUUUUUAGAUUAUUCUGAAAAUAAGUUUCUAGGCCUCAAGAUCAUCAGUUGGGAACAUGGAAAUAGUCCAGGAUGAUAUCAUAUGAGCAAGAGGAGAGCUGGACAGAUGUUUGGAUAUUCCAAGGAGAUUCCUUCUGCCACAUAGUUUCCUAACCUUUUCCUUUCAGUAGCAGAAAUAGAAGAAAGCGCACAAAUGAUAUAAUAUCAUAAUUUACAAGUUAGAUAAUUAAAAUAUGACCGAAUCUGUUGUGCCACAUAGAAUCAGUUGUGGGUGAUUUGUGUUUGGAAGGAAGAAUGUAUGCAACAUUGGACUGAAAUGACCACAAAACCUUUACCAGGUGUCUUCUCUGUAUAUGAUUUUUCCCCCUUUCCAGUGUCCAAAAAAUGCUAUGUGAUAUUGCAAAGGCAAUGUUGGGAAAUCUGUAUUCAGAGUAUAAGACAACCAAACCAUGGUGCUUCUAAAAUAAAAUAUUAAAUAAAGAA